AAUAGCAAUCUGAAAAACAAUGAGGAAGUCACCGGCUAGGCUCAGAAACCGGUCAGAGCAGCAAAGAAGCUUGGAAACCUUCAUAAACGAUCCGGACCGUCGACCAGAUAUGGCGACUUCACGCCCCUCAGAGAACCUGUUGAAGUUCAUCUGUGAGCUUCAGCCUGAACCUGGUGCUGUGCAGAUGUUCAAAGGGGACGACCAGAGUCUCAGCGUGGAUUAUGAGUCUGUGUCAGUCGUCAUUCCUGCACAAUGCAGCGUUCAUCAGCUGCGGCUGCGCAUCUGUGCGCAGGCACAAGAACAAAACUGUCUCACAGAUCCGUUUGCUAUACUGGAUCCCAAGAAGUAUGCACUGCUGUAUGCCCGAGAUGAUGAUUUGUAUGAGGCCUACGAUGACUGUCAGGUUCUCAGGACGUUGGACAUUCCAUGGUCAAAGGAGGACUCCUGCUGUCUGUCGGCGUACAUACUUGUAAAACCUAUGGUGGUGGUGGUUGAUACCGAGGAGAUGAAGAGACAGCAGCAGAGUUUGACUUACCUGGUGGGACACGACUUGGAGGAAGACGCCACUGACAGACUUGAUGAGCUCACGUUCACUCGCAGGAAGCUGGCGUCACUAAGAAGACAGGAGCUGAGGAAUCGGGAUGAUGUGCAGUACACCACGGAUCCCUGGGUAACAUCUGCCCCCAUCACCGAUGAGCUCCAGGAAUGGCUCAACAGACGGCUCCCAGUCACUUUUCACUACAUGAGCAAGAUCAGCUUCAGUGUAGAGGUUGAUAUUAAUGCAACACCUGAAGUUCUUCUCCAGGUUUUUGUAAAAGUGAUAGAAGACCAAGGGCUUGAAUGUGAUACCAGUAAGGAUCUGGUGUUGAAGGUUACAGGCAGGGAAGAAUAUUUCACUGGAAACCACACCCUCAUCAAUUUUCUGUGGGUUCGCCGGUGUUUGAUCACCAACCAGGAACUCCACCUGUCAGUGCUUCCUGUGUCCCACGUCGUGCCUGAAACUGUCCAGUUUGUGGACUGGCCGCUAGUUGAUGGUUUCAGUGGAAAGUUCAGCUCACACAACGACCUCACGCUCCAGGAGAAGGAUCUGGACGACAUCUUCAUGAUAUCCUUGUGGGACUGCAACAGGAAGUUUAGAGUCAAACUGCUCGGUUUUGACAUUCCUGAAAUGCCAAACAAAAGCCAGCAGAUGGUUUAUGUCGAAGCGUCCUUACUUUAUGGUAACAAGUCCAUGUUUUCCGUGUCCUCCUCUGCCAAGCUCUUGGCGGAUGAAGUGCUGUGGAAUGAGUGGUUGGACUUUGAUGUUCUGCUCAGUGAUCUGCCGCGUGGAGUCAAGCUGAGUCUCACCAUCAACGCAAAAGACAGUGACACGACGUCGGCAGCCAAAGAGCAGAAGCAGAGCUCAACCAACAAGGCAUCCGAGUCCCUGAAGAUCAAAGGCAACGUCCUCUUCUUCGUCAGUCUCUUACUCAUUGAUCACAGAUCUGUGCUGAGCCAGGGUCCCUUCACCCUGCACAUGUGGCCUUACCUUCACAAGGAGCACGAUCAGGCCGACAGGCUGUCCUCUGCAACCAACCCGGACAAAGCCAACUCCAUGGCCAUCAGCAUCCUGCUGGACCGCUACAGAUUCCCUGUGGUCCUCCCAAAUGCCUUCAGUGACAAUGCCCCUUCCUCCAGUGCUUCCCUCUUUUUACCGUCAUCCUCCAACACAGAUCCCCUCAGUCCUGAUGAGAGUAUCCCUCAGUUCACUGAUAGUCCUACUCUCAGAUCUCCAACUUCAGUUGCCAGCUGCAGAAGGAGGUCUUUUAAAAUGGGGAGUGUCCAAUAUUCCUCCAGUUUCCCUCAGUUCCUGCGCAAGGUUGAGUGGAUGAACCGCAAAGCGGUUGAAGACGUCCACUGGCUGCUGGAGAACUGGGAUCCUCUGGAAGUGGACCUGCCGGUGGCCCUGGAGCUGUUGAGUAUGGAUUUUGUAGAUGAGGUGGUGAGGAGACUUGCAGUGAAGAGACUGGAGGCCCUGUCCAACGACGACCUGCUCAUGUAUUUGCUGCAGCUGGUCCAGACCUUGAAGGUGGAACCGUUCCACGACAGCUUUCUGGCUCGGUACCUGAUCCAAAGAGCUCUGCGGAGCAAGAGAAUUGGCCAUUUCUUCUUCUGGUUCGUCCGCAGUGAGGUGGUCAGCGGUCAGUACUUCAGGGAGCGUAUGGCUGUGAUUUUGGAGGCCUACCUGCUGGGCUGUGGUGCAGCCAUGAUCAACAGCUUUAUCCAGCAGGUCCAGGCGGUGGAGGCCCUGCAGGAAGUGGCCAUAAGAAUUAAGAAUCUUUACCCUGACAAAACCAACCUGGAUUCCACAACUCCUCUCAAGCUGCAGGAGCUGCUCAGAAACAGUAAUCUGCCAAAUGAAUUCGUGCUUCCCUUUGACCCCCGGGUCAAAGCCGGAAAGAUCCUGCUGGAAAAUUGCAAGGUGAUGGCCAGCAAGAAGAAACCUCUGUGGCUGGAGUUUUCUCCCAUGCCUUCACCCAUCUCCUCCUCGCCUGUGGGGAUAAUCUUCAAAGAGGGGGACGACCUCAGGCAGGACAUGCUGGUCAUUCAGACGCUGGUGAUCAUGGAUUCCAUCUGGCAGGAAAAAUCUCUGGAUCUCAAUCUAAUUCCAUAUGGAUGCAUCGCCACAGGACACAACAUUGGCAUGAUUGAAAUAGUGAGAAAUGCGGUGACUCUGGCUGCGAUCCAGAAAAGCUUUGGGGGGUCUGCGGGAGCCUUUAAGAACAACGCUCUGUUUGAGUGGCUCAAGUCCAAGUGUCCCCUUCAAGAAAUACACUACAAGACAGUGGAGAGGUUUGUGAAGUCCUGUGCCGGGUAUUGUGUAGCCAUGUAUGUUCUGGGGAUUGGAGAUCGACACAACGACAACAUCAUGAUCACAGACCAAGGAAAUCUGUUUCACAUCGACUUUGGUCACAUUCUGGGAAACAGGAAGCAGUUUUUGGGCAUGAAGAGGGAGCGUGUGCCGUUUGUCCUCACUCCCGACUUCCUGUAUGUCAUGGGCCGCGUUAAGAGUCACAACAGCCUCUACUUUCAGAAGUUUGUGGACACCUGCAUCCAGGCAUAUCUCCUGCUGCGCCCCCACUCUCAGCUGCUGGUCACUCUCUUCUCGCUCAUGCUGCUCACGGGCAUCCCAGAGCUCAGCACCUCGGAGGACAUGCGCUACCUGAAGGAGGUGCUCCAGCAGGAGCAGACUGAUGCCGAGGCCAAGGAGCACUUUCUGCAGCAGAUCUCUGAAUGUCAAAAACAGGGCUGGACCGUGCAGACCAACUGGUGGAUCCACAUGGUGGCAGGUAUAAGGUAGACUCCACCCACCACCACCAUGCGGAGUGAAAGCGUGUGUUCAAUGCAAAACGAUUUAUAGUCUAAAUGAAGACGAAAAAAGUUAAGAGUCUAAAUGAACAAAUUGAAACCGACAAAUGAUUAUUCUUUUUAUGUUAUUGAAUUUUCUUUUUGAAGGUUUUCUUUUUGGCUUCCUUUUUUUCCUUUCAAUUCUGUUAACUUUCUAAGUUUGAAGUUUCUCUUUUUUCUUUCCAAUAAAGUCAUAAAGAUACAA